UCGAAAAGAAGAGCAAGACCUAUUGUGUUUUUUCUUCGCAGUUUCUCAAACGAAUUUCACAAAAUCAUAAAUCUAAAUAUUUUAAAUAAAAAACAUAGACAAUGAGUUUUCAAUUACCUGGAACUAAUACACCAUCAGCUGGGGGCUUUUCUUUUGGAGCUCCAAACACUACUGCAACUGCAGCACAACCCGCUGCUGCAAAGCAGGGUGGUUUCUCAUUUGGCGCCACAGGCGGUGGCGAUGCUGGGGCUAAACCCUUAGGGUUUGGAUUUGGGGCGGCAGCUCCUGCUGCUACAAAUACAGCCGCCACUCCGGUCGCAUCAGCUGCUGCAGCUACACCAACAUUUGGCUUGGGUGGUGGAGCUACCACCACAGGAUUUGGCUUUGGAACAGCUUCACCAGCGGCAGCUACAACUACUACUGCAGCGGCUCAACCAGCAGCACCAACAUUUGGUUUAACAGCAACUGCUGCUUCACAGCCAGCUGCUACCGGUUUCGGUUUUGGAACAACACCGGCCGCAACAUCUGCUGCUGCUACCACGGUGCCCGCUAGUACUACCUCAGCACCAGCAACUUCUGCUGCUCCAUUGGCUAGUGGCUUUUCAGCAUUUGCUGCACCGGCAGCAACUACUUCCACCGCUUCAGCUACUGCCGGAACUGUAGCAACAUCAACGACAUCAUUAUUGACAGCCCCGGCACCUGCAGCAGCCGCCACGUCUGCCCCAGCUACUUCAGGAUUUGCCAGCUUAACAACCGCUACAAAAACCACUGAUUCCGCUACAAUGCCACCAAACGCCUCACAAUUAUCAUACAAUCAAUUAGAGGAACAUAUUAAUAAAUGGACUUUGGAAUUAGAGGAUCAGGAAAAAGUAUUCACAGAUCAAGCAACUCAAAUCAAUGCUUGGGACAAAAUCCUCAUUAGUAAUAAUCAGAAAAUUCUUGAUUUAAAUGAUGCCGUACAAAAGGUAAAAUCAGAUCAACAGACCUUGGAGCAAGAACUUGAGUUCAUUGCCACCCAACACAAAGAAUUAGAGGAGAGCAUUGUGCCGCUACAAAAGGAAUUCAUGAAAAUACCACAAGUAGAUGUAGAACGCUCGCAGACCUAUUUGAUGGUAGAGAAUCUGGAUACUCAAUUGAAACAAAUGUCCGAAGAUUUAAAGGAAAUUAUCGACAACUUGAAUGAGUCAAACAAAUGCCAAGACAACACAGAUCCCAUUAUACAAAUUGGCAAGAUCCUGAAUGCCCAUAUGAGUUCGUUGCAGUGGAUUGAACAGAGUACAUCGUCGAUUGGCAACAAAUUGGAAGAUAUAACGAAAAUGCAUGAAACCUUUAAAAGGGACUCGGAAAGAUCUUUUCGGUCGGCUUAUUAUAAUUAAGAAAUGAGUGUAAUCAAGAAAAAACCUAAAUUUUUUAUGUAAAAUUUAAUUGUUUUAUAAAACUUAAAAUAAAAUAUUCUUUUUAAAGUU